UUGGUCAUCUAGAUAAGAGUUCUCUUAAAAAAAACACAAAAGGAAAAAAAGAAAAAGUAAUAAUAGCCCUCUCAAGUUGUGUCCCUCUAGAUAAUAGCUAAUUUUCUUAGUAUCUUAGUUAUGUCAAUCCCCUUUUUUAGCAGUAAAUAUAACUAUGUGGCAAAGUGGCAUGGUCCAUUGCCAUUUCCGAGAGAUUACAACUAGUUGAUGUGGCAAAGCCAAAUGGUUAAGACUACUUUUUGAGGUCAGAGAUUCUUUGUCCUCACUGGCUCCUCAUUCUUGUAACAGAAAAUCGUUAACUUACACUCACUUUCUAAUAGGCCUCUCUCUUUGACAAUCUUUUAUUCAUCUCCUGAUUUUCCUUUUCUCGACCCAAUUUUUUCUUUCGUGGGUCGUAAGAUAUCAGAAAAGGAGGAUCAGGAGCAGCGUAACCUUUACUAUCAUCAUAUUCAGCACACUUUAUUAGUUACUUGAGGGUCAAGUCCAGCCCCAAGGCAUUAAAAAGGUCAAAGAGAAGCAGGCUGGGAAUGGAGUCCUUAAACCGAACCAUGACGACAAUGGAGAAACCACCGAUCCCCAGCUCAUCAUCAGCAGAUUGCAAACCACUAACCACAUUCGUUCAAACAAACACAGACGCAUUCAGGGAAGUAGUGCAGCGACUGACGGGUCCAUCAUCUAUGGCGGUAGAAGGCAUGGCAUCAAAAGAAGGAGGCACGAAGAAGAACUCGAGCAAGCUCCAUGAGAGAAGGAAAUACAUGAAGCCAAAGGUUGAGAUUGUUAAGAGUAGUAGUGUGCAUUGUAAAUCAGGGGCGUGUUCGCCUUCGGUUUCAAGAAGCUCUAGCUACCCUGCUAGUCCUGUUUCAGGGAGCUUCCCGGCAAGCCCUCUCACACCUUCAACGAUCUUCUCCAAGUUGAGCAUUCUAGAAGAUGACAAGAAAGAUGAUCUUGAUUUAGAUCUUAAUAUUGCAGUGCCGUCUGAGCCGAAUAUGAUAAGCACAGAGGAACAAGAAGAAGAUGAAGAAGAAGAAGAAGAGAGAGCUAUCAGAGAAAGGCGAUUUUAUUUGCAUCCAUCGCCUCGUCCCAAACCUGGAUUUUCCGAACCUGAACUUCUGCCUUUGUUUCCCAUGGCAUCCACUGAGAAAGUGUAGUCUUCAUCGUCAUCAUCAUUUGUAACUAUAUUAUUGUUAUAUAUCUCUUAGCAUAUGCUUCAAAUUACAGACAUACAUGAUAUAUAUGCAACGCAUUUGUAAUGUCAAAUA